AUUCUCUCUAAUAAACAAUGUCUGAAGCUUCAAAAAGGUAUGCAGUUGUCACAGGAGCAAACAAAGGGCUAGGAUUUGGAAUAUGCAAGCAAUUGGCUUCUAAUGGGAUCAAUGUGGUGCUAACAGCAAGAGAUGACAAGAGGGGUCUUGAAGCUGUUGAGAAACUCAAAGAGCUUGGUCUACCUGGCCAUGUUGUUUUUCAUCAACUUGAUGUCACUGAUCCUGCAAGUAUAGUAUCACUUGAAGAUUUCAUCAGGACCCAAUAUGGAAAACUUGAUAUCCUGGUAAACAAUGCUGGAAUUUUUGGAGCAAAUAUAGACGAGGAGGCUCUGGCUGCUGCAGGUGUUGUGGAAAUAGGUGAUUGGAGUAAAUUCAUGACUUUAACUGAUGAAUCUGUAGCAGCAGGAUUUAGAGCAAACUACUAUGGUGCCAAAGACAUUUGUGAAGCACUUAUUCCCCUUCUAAAGUUUUCAGACUCACCAAGGAUUGUUAAUGUUUCAUCCGAACUCGGGAAUUUGGAGUUAAUAUCAAAUGGAUGGGCUAAAGGAGUCCUAAGUGAUGUUGAAAGCCUUACAGAGGAAAAAUUGGAUGAGGUUUUGAAUCAGUUCCUAGAAGAUUUUAAAGAGGGUUUAGUAGAAACCAAAGGCUGGCCUACUUUUGCACCUGGAUAUUCAGUCUCAAAAGCUGCUUUGAAUGCCUACACAAGGACUCUUGCCAAGAAAUACCCAACUUUUUACAUCAAUGCUGUUACCCCUGGUUUUGUGAAGACAGAUUUAAACUACAAUAUUGGCAUUUUGAGUGUUGAGGAAGGUGCUGAAAGUGUUGUAAGGUUGGCUUUGCUACCUAAUGGCGGUCCCUCUGGCCUCUUUUUCGAACGAAGUGAAGUGGCACCAUUUUGA